CAUAGUGUGCCGAUUUAGACAGUUGUUACUUAUAAACAAGUUUAGUUUUUUUAUGUUUUUCUUUGAGAAAUCCCUUCAAAAAAAUAAUGAACAAACUUUACAAACCCAAAGUAACAUUUUCAGAUAGUUUAACGAAAGUGUCGAAAAAUGUCCGUCGAGAAGUGCGUCCACGUAGCAGGAGUGUGUACACGACGAGCUCUUACAUCAGCGACGACUUGGGAACCCCGCGGGACCUCAACAAGUACGACAACCCGUCGCAAUGGUCGCCGUACGUGCCCAAGCCCAUCGUUGUCAAAAAUUACUACCCGGAUGACCUGAACAGCGAGGCAUGGACGGAUGAAGGGUACAUGGGAGGCACGACCAUCACGCCGCACGGGGUGAUCUCGCUGAGGCUGCACGAUAGGAUCCGAGUGGAUAUUUCGCUGGACAGGGCCAUCAGGAUUAUUAACAUGAAAAACUAUAUUGUGUUGGCCUUGAAUGCGAGCGGGAGCUCGUCGGCGCUGAUACACCCCAACGGGAGGGUGCUACAGUAUGGGUCCAGGGUGGAGAUCUUGGCCCAUGAUGGGCAGGGGAAUAACAAAUACGCAAAAAUGUGGUACAAAGGUGUGAGCUUCACGAGCGACCAAUGCGCCCUCGUCUACCUCGUGGACUCGGCGGGCACUAGAACCACAACGGACACUUUUACUGACCUGACUGGCGACAUAACUCUUGACGUUUUCUACAACCGACCCAAUUGCAACGUCGACUUCGCCUGCAUGACUCCUGGCACUCAUUUGGUUAAUGAGGCCGUUAGUAUUCUGCAGUCGGCCAAUUAUUGGCUUACGGAGGAUCGCACCGACAACUGGAUCAUAAACAACGUGCGAAUUUCACAGACUGCGGACGGCCUUGUAAGAGUCGGCCGCAACAGCAACAAAUUCUCCCUCCGCACCUCCCCCACGAACGGUUCAGCAUCGGUCUCAUCCCCGUACCUCCACUGCACCGGAUCCAUGGGCCAAACGCGCCACUUGUUCGUCCGGCGAGGCGAGCGCAGGAUGCACUACGACGGCACCACCUUCAUCGUACGAAACGCCGGCCACUCGGCCGGCUUCGACGAAAGACACCAACUUAAAGUUUAUUAAAACCAACAAAACGUUCGAUUUUCGUGAGAUCCGCGCGUUUUUGACGUUUCGUUCUACGACGGCAUCUCAUCAAAUUCUUAGUUUUAAUCGUCUCUUAUACAAAAAGUGAACGACACCCAAAAAAAGUGCAAUUUUUCUUGAUAGUGUUGAUGUCUCUUGCUUUCACCAAUUUUUUUAAAGUGCAUUUAAGCCAGUGAUGUGUGGUAUGAUCUUGGCAAUAAAUGAUUUUAUGAU